GCUGCUUUGUGUUCGUCUUGUUAUUUGCCGUAUUUAAAUGUGAAUCAGUCAUGAAAACUCUAAAAUCUAAGCAUGAUAAAUGAAAUAAGAAUAUAUUAACUCGGUGUGCUGAUUUUAACUGACUACUAAGCAAGAACAACGGAUAUCGUGAUGUCGUUCGACAAGGCACCUGAAAUAAAGAGCAGAGAGAUCGAUAAAAUCAAACGUCGUCAUAAAAUUGACGAAACUGCUAUUGCAACUGUGUUUAAAGGUAGCGAGGAUACAUUCCAGAACCCGAAAAUGGAUACAACAAGCGAGAAUGCCGGCAAACCUACCGAGUUAUGCCUUCAAGGCAACUCGCAUCUCAUAUCUAGUACAACUAGCAGUCUGGCCGAUACGCCCGGUGAUUCUGGUGUUCUAUGUUUGGAUAGUGAAGCUUCCGAGGCAACGAGUCAAGCUCUUAUGUCGCACAGUCUCAUUGGAGCGGAGGAGCUCACUUGUGAUAGUAUUUACGAUGCAGCACCUUCUGGCUCCCAGGAUAUGAUCAAGAGUACCAACAGCAGUAUUAUGACUCGUAGUGAUAUAGACAACCAAAACGUCGGUGGUCCAGAUGAUAUUGUACCUGAACUCCUUGUUGAAGCACACACAAAGCCUACAUACGAAAACUUACCAGAUGUGGUUUUAAAGGCUCUGGAAAGUGAGAAGGUUUGUACAGAGGAGACUAAAAAGUCAGCAUUAAGAACAUCUGAACCCAAGAAAUCUUUAUCUGAAGAUAUUGUGUACAGGAGGAGGUGUCGAAAAAAGUCUCUAAACGGAGCUAGUUCUCAAAAAAAAAGAGUAUCCUUCCAUGAAGAUAUUUUAAAUAAUACUAAAACAGACAAUAUUCAUAUAGAACGAGGAUUUGUAUCUUACGGGCCUGAUAGUUCUUAUUGUGAUAGGUUUAGGCAGAAAAAUGCUAUUAAUGAUAGGUUUUCAUGGUGUGCUUCUGGUGAUAAAACACCAAAAUAUGCAGCAGAUGUAGCCCAGCAAACAAUGUCCGAUAUUUUAACUUACGGAGACUCAAAACAAGAUAGGAGUGGAAUAUUUGAAUAUUGCCAAGUUUAUAGACAGAGUAAUGAUGACAAUAAAGAUAGAGAUAACAACAAUGAUCCAAAACCAAAUGGCAAGUUAUACAACUGUGAUUCUAACAGCUCGGAUUCCAAUUUUAGUUGUGACUCUGAGUCGUCCUCUAGUGAAUCCCUAUCCUCAAACUCAAAUAAAACUGAAACAUUGCCAGUACACAAGAAAACAGAUAAGACACAAAAAUCAUACUCCUGUGAUGGAUUUGAAAAUAGUGGACAUGUUGCAUUUAUAAGAAAAACAUAUUUCUCUGAAGCUGAUAUUGAUCAAUCACACGAUCGCAAGAAUAAACCUCUUGAAGUAACCCAGAGUCCAAUUACAGUUAAAUCUGUCCUCAAGAAAAAGAGAUACAUUACAACAAAUAUUGUAGAGGAAAGGAAAAAUAAUAAUAAAGUGUUAAAUCUACUAGAUGCUAAUAACAUAAUUGAUUCAUUAAAAAAAUUCUAUAAAAAUUUCAACUUCAAUUUUGCACCUGAAAAAGGCUUACCGGAGACCAGUUUUGAACUAAAUACCGUAGUUGAGGCAUUACCCUGUGAUGUUAAUCAAAACAAGAAGCUUUCUAAAAGUUUAGAUUCUGGUUUCCAUAUGGAUGAUGAAGAUGAUUUUGUUGAAAUUAAUUUGAACUCACAACAUCUGGAAGCUGAAAAACCUAAAGAAUUAUCCGGACCAAAAAAUCCUGUUGCAGGAGAUAGAACACCAAAUGAAGGAUCACCACGCCACAAACUAACCCUGAACAUGACAACACAGCGUGACAAAAAACUUGUUAACAAAGGAGAGGUUUUACCCUCACUCAGCAAAUAUGUCGUUAAUUGUGAAAGCACUGUGUAUGAGCACAAAGGUGUAUCAUAUAGCUAUGUCCACGAUACAUUCCAAACUGCUUUUGAAGCACCCAAGGAGACUUUCGUACCCAUUCCAGAAUCUACACCAGUUAAAGAGUUACUAACAUCUUCAAGCAAACAGGAUUUAAGUUCAAAACAGUCCGAUGUUGAUACCUCAAGUCGGACAUCAACACCAAAGCGACAAUUUAACAAAAAUGUCCAGGAUGAGGCAGAUCAGAAAAAUGGACUAUCAAAACAUUUGUCUUCACCCAAGAAACAGAAUGUUAAUAGAUACAGUCGCAAGUCUGCAUCAACGGUGCAGCAGAAAAAUGACGAAACCCCUCAACCAAUUAGCGAUAAUUGUUCUAACACAGACAACUCAACCUUGAAGGGUGCGGACGAUUUCAUUGAUGAGUUUUUCGACAGCCCUUCUAUGCAGAAACUGCAAACGAACAAAUCCGCUUUGCUGAGCAGAUAUCUUAAAAAUGUAUGCCAAAGGAAAGACUUAGAAUUGAAAAUAAAGAAUAACAAAUUCUUUCAAUUCAAGAUAAGAAUGGAGCGACAGUUUCCGAGUAUCGUGUAUCCGUUCAAAGAUGUGUCGGAAACGUUCCAUAUUUCCGCCGCAAGGAUGGCCCGUCUUAUUGACAAAGAAAUGAUAGAGAACAAAAGGCUGUCUGUACGACUGCUUACAGCCGAGGAGCCAUCAUACUUCGACAGUUUUGAAGACAAUGUCGCCAUUGAAUGCAAUGAAAAACUGAGACUACAAAUAUUCUCAUACCCAAAUGAAACUUUAAAUAGGAUGAUGAAAGUCCAGUCUCCAUAUAACAUGGAGGAUGGUUCAUGGACACCUCUCCUAGUUUUUAUAACAGACUAUGCCCUCUAUGUAGCCAGCGUGAGUCCUGGUGGUACGGAAUAUGACAUCCUAUGCCGAUUACCUCACAACGAAUUAGAUGCCAUCGCGGUUGGUCCUGAAGCACAAUACAUUCAAGUGAUCGAUAUAGCAGGCAAUAUUGCUUGCUCCGUCGUUACCGGCGAGUCGACCCUUGGUGCAAGACUAGCAUCUUCUCUAGAAUGGAGUGCACGAAUAUCGCCGCUUCGAAUCCAGCGCCCACCUGCAAUGUUGCCGCUAAAUUGUCGCCAUCUUGCCUCUGCGGUGACCCGACAGAGGCAUGAGAAGAGGGUACCACCCAUUUUAUUCUACGGUCGCGCAUGUUCAGGCGACGCUGAAGAUAGACUCAUAGAAGCCCCUGGAGCAUUCGCACCACCUCUUGAAGGAUACUUGAUGUGCAAGACUGAAAAGAGUAAACGCUUUGAACCCUGUUAUUUCUUACUCAGGGCUGGAAUCCUCCACUGGGGUCCACAUUCACCGGACGGUACCCCGCUACCAAACAAUAUAUCCCUGCGUUCAGUAGUAGGAGUGAGAAGACACGUAGACGCAUCCCGAAGACCACAUUGUUUCGAGAUAGCUCUGGUUGACUCGAGCAGAUUGUUACUGGCAGCUCCUGAUGAUCCUACAGCUUCCUCGUGGUUGCAAUCGUUACUGCUUCACGCAGCCCAGGCCUUAGAAGAAAAAGAUGGUGCGAAGAAGACAGACCUUCGAGCGGGUGGUCCCCCACCAGCCUGUACCGUCCUGGUGACUCCAUUUGAAGUGAUCAGCUUACGAGAUACUCUAGACUUAGCAUUUGUUGCGGGUGCAGCUGCUUAUCUUAAAGAUAGAGGAUCCGACGCCUUGCUCAAAGAAUACAUUGAAGAGAUGCGGACGGAUAUUGAAAUACUGGCGUGUGGUUCGAUAAAGAACUUGACAGCAUUCAAGAUUCCCGAUACGGAUGAAAAUUGGUGUUGUUUGGAGUGGAGCGUGUGCGAGGCACGCGAGCGUGGCGCGGGCCUAGCGCUAGUGUUGUCGAGCAGUUCCGAGCUUGAGAGGCUUAUCGCAGCGCUCGAGCAGGCCUACGCGCAUCUCACUCACGAGCCGUUCCCGCUAAGCGUAGUUGAAGCUUCGAAGUCAGCUUGCAGUGCUGCCCACACCAAAUACGAAGCGUCUUGGUCCCAUAUGUUGCCGCAACAAUAAAUACUAUGUUAAAACUAGUUUUAAACGUUACUGGCCUUACUAAUAAUCGUUGCAUAACGUCGGAAUAGUUACACUCUUUGAAGGUGCUAUCAGUUGAAAUGUGAUACAACACUGCAUAAGUAAUCUAAUGUAGUCAUUUUCGCAUUUCAACUGAUAGCAUCAUUCAAAUAUCAGAGCGUGAAUUAAACAAGCAAAUAUUCUUACAUCACUCAACUGUGCGGUGUAUUUAUCACGUUCCUUAAAUUUAAAAGGUGCUGUCAGUUGAAGUGAUUAUAGUUAUAUCAAACAUACUUGUAUCAAACUAUUUGCUAUAUAACUAUUUACUAUUCUUAUGUAAGCAAUUUUCACAUUUCAACUUACUGUACCUUUCAAAUAUCAGGGUAGUGUGAGAUUAUCUAUCUUAGUUUACUUAGACAAUAUCGUGAAUGUUAACUGCGAUAUAUGAUAUAAUAUCAAAGCGCGCCAUCUAGUGACAAUACUGUUUCCCAAUAUUUUAACUAGAUGGCGCUUCCACGAUACCAUAUAAAUCGUAGUUAACCUCGAAUAAGUAAACGUAGGUAGAAAAUAUACGAGGCACUCAGUGCGUGAAAAAACACUGCACUACUAUUCCGACGUCAUGUGGCGUAUAAUAUAUAAGGCCCUGUCUGUCUUGUAAAUAAUACAAUGCACUUGUAGUAUUUCCCCGAACCGGGGACGACGGAGCAUCUUACACAUGUUUCGUUAGGAGAUCGAUCCGAGAAUCCUCUUAAAUGCCCUAAAGUCGUAGUUAAACAUUGCUUGUUACCACUAGUUAUGUAUGAAUUUACGUUGAGUAAAGAUUAGUGCUAACAAAGCGCAGAUUACAAUGUUUGGAUAUCGAUCCGGGAAACCCCCAAUGCCUUGAGGUAUAUCUAAACAUUGCAAUUUGUGUCCUGCUACCACUAGUUACGUGUGAAUUUACGUUGGCUCUAAAAAUACUCUAUUUGCUUUCCACGUAAUCCGCGGGUAGUGUUAUGUUCAAAGAACAGUACUCGUAUACAAAUAUCGAAACACUUAAACGUUACUCUAAGAAGGACUUUUGUAAAAUGAAAACCAGCAGUUUAGGGGCCUUACUGCCAUCGCUUAAGUAGUAUUUUUAUAUUGUUGUUGACGUUUCGUUAUUGUUUUAUAAUCCUUAUUUUUGGAACGUCAAGGUUCGCAAAUUGAUAAUUUUAAGAUAAUACAGUUUCUAUGGUAGUAAGGUCCUUAACAGGAUCAUUAAUUACAAUUUAUUAUUGUGUUAUUUACCAGACAGCCUAUGAAUAUUUUAUAUUUUUUCCAGUGAUAUGUUAUUUGCAACUAUUCGGCAGCUCAUCUUACUUAAUAAAUAAUGAAAAUAUAUUAUUUGUAUUGAAAUAAAUGAAAUUAAGUUGCUUUUACUAAAGGAAACCAUAUACCUGAAGUUUAAUAUAAUACUCAUACGCAUGUGUCACAAAUUAUUUGUACACUCUACGAGUAAUAGGUAAUAAUGUUUAUAAUCAGUUUAAUUGGAUACUGUUAUUCUAUACUAUUACAAAUCAAAAUAUUAUUCCCAAGUAAUUUAUAUGGAAAUAAUUAUUUAAAAAAAACAAUAGAUAUGCAAGCGAAAUUAUAUCUUUGGCAAAUAUGCUUUAAUAUAUGUAUAAAUAUACUGUUCAGAGUUGCAGUUAUGCUUAAGAGGUAACAAAUUGGAUUGCUCGAUUAUAACCUUUAAAAAAAAAUAGGGGAAGAGAGAAAUGUUAAAAAAAUAAAAAAAUAAUUCGAAAGCACAAUAUAAUUUAUUUGUGAAAGUUUUAAUGGAAAAUUCACAAAAUUCGUAGCAAAUACUUAGCGACGUACUUACGUGCUAUGUAGAUAGGUUGUAAUAUUUCGUAGAUUAAGGUAACACAGUUCUAGCUAAAAAUGCUGAUAAGUCUUAGAAUUUACAACAAAACUAUCUUAAACAGUGUAAUAGAUAAAGUUAUAAGUUAAACAAGCCUUAACAUUAUAUAUGUUGCUGCGUUAUAUAUAGCUGUAUCACACUUUCUGGAAAGCUUGUUUGUAAAAUACUCUACUUACAAUAUCAGACGAAGAACGCACGAAAAUUUGCCGUAUCUAAACUAAAAAAAACUCCGUUUGGUAUCGAUAUGCACUAAAAUAUACUUUAUUGUAGUACUAAGUAAACACUAAAAAAAAUAAAAAGUUUAAUCCUCAGUGCUACAGUAAAUGAAUAACGUAUGCACAAAAAAUAUGUUUGUAGUAUGCCUGCCCUUAAAUAAACUGCGUUUGGUUUAGAACUCAAUAUUUUUUCAUAAUAUGCAAUAUGCAUGUGCAUAGGACAUAAUUAAAACUACACCACUUUUAAAUCUCUAUUUAAUCAGCUCAGUUCUCCACUAAAAUAAUUUUAGUGUAGAAAGAACACAUCGAUACAGUAUGUUGGUUUUAUGACUUCGUCUUAAAUCCUACAUUUAAUUCGUGAAUAUUCUUGCGUUUAUCUUCUGUAGCCUUAAUACGAGAUUUGCUCGCUCGCGAUCGAGUUGUUUUCAGAGUAUUAAAUUCUGUAUCGUCAGAGUAAAGUGGAACUUAUGAUGCACGGUUUAGAGUAGUGUUUUACAAACGUUCUUUCAAAAGCCAGUUCUAAAGAAUUGUAGGGAAAUUUGGGCUUUAAAUCAAUUUUAUUAAGAUCCAUUGUACACUGAUAUUGAAAUAUUUCGAUACUCGAAAACGACUCCUCCAUUGCGAGAUAGUGAAUCUUAUGUUAAGCGUACUGUUCUGGCAUUUUCCUGUAGAUAGUUUCUCUGUUCUGCAUGAAUGGUAAAUCUCCUAAGUAUUUCAUGAAUAUCUUGUAUGAGUCUGAUAUUAAUUCUAACUAAUAUAAUAGUACGCUCAUUUCAUACAUUUGUCUCUUCCAUAUAAAUAUAUCGUAAACUAUUAUACUUCAUAUUAUACUGUUAUGUAUGUAGUAUGUAUUAAUCUGAAUACAUAAACUAAUAUGGAUCUGUGCUGCUAUAUAAAAUUAAUGUAUAAGUAUACCAAAAAAGAAAUUGCUAUUAAAUUAUUGUUCGUAACAAAUAUAAUGCUAUAAAUUGAUUUGUACCAAAUCCUCGAUUAAACUAAAGUAACUGUUCAAAAAUAUUGUCAUACUUUUUAAUGUACGUCUCAGUUCAGUUUAUAAGAAUCAUACGUUAUUGUACUAAAAGAAACGAUGUGUCCUGGAUAGUACUACUUUUACAGUUGAAAUUUGAGUUCAGAUUGUGUCAGAAUUGUGUAAUGCGGUUGGUCACAAUUUACACAGUAAUUUAUUUGGUUAUUUCCACACAUUUAUUUGGUAAUUUGCCUGAUUUUUGACUUUG